ACAUUUUCAUCUUCUGAAACUUAAAAUCAUCCGCGAGUAACCUUACCAGUCUAUCCCCAAAUCGAAGCCCGACUUCGUCUCCCUCGCCUCACACGGAGUUCACACGGAGAUCGAUGGCUGCUGCCAUCUCCUUCUCUCGUUUCCUCUCACCGAAACCUCCGUCUCCUCCGAAGAACUUUCACCGCUCAACGAUCCCUCCCUUAGUUUUUAUUCCUGCGCAGCAAUCACCACGUCGAAAUCCUCCCCUCCUCCGCCGACACUUCUCCGCCCAGGAGAAUAACGGCGGUGCAGCGGAAACCCUAGCGGAGAAGAUGGAAGAAGGCUCGGUGAAGGAGGAUGAGGCCUCCGUUGCGGUGGAGGCGGAGAUAAGGGAUAUGAUGAAAGCAAGGAGGGAUGAGAGAUCGAAGGCUGAUGAACUCCUGGCAGGCGUGGCUGAGGAAGUGAGGGAAAUCGAGUGGCCGGAGUUCAGGAAGGUGGUGGGAACCACCGGCGUCGUUCUUGCGGUGAUCGCCGGCUCCAGCGUAGCCCUCCUCACCGUUAAUGCCAUCCUUGCCGACUUAUCCGAUCGCGUCUUCGCGGAAUUUGGUCAUUUUCAUGCAAGCCGGGCUUGAGCGAGUUUAGGCCUGGCUCUUGUUCGACUUGUUCGAAGUUAGCUCGUGUUCAAAGUUGCUCGUGAAUGGUGUGUUCGUGUUUGACUCAAUUUACAUAUUAUUGUUGUGUUCUGCUUGAAAUUGACUCCUUUCAAUUAAUUAAAAAAAUAAAUGCAAGUAUUUGAAUUCAAACAUGCACCAUU